GCAUGACGGUACGGAAGCCGAUGAGGGACAAUCCGCAAGUUCUCCAGUUUGCGCAGCCUGUCUGUCACUUCGGGACAAAUGUGCUCAACAGCAGCAGAGCUUUAGUAAUCCCGUAGACCGGAAAGGCGAGAGACAGUCUCCACACAGGUGUCCACACAGGUCUCCACUGAUGUUGACCGGAUGCAGAAACUUUUCUCUCACAUUUUGUUCACCCACAUUUAGAAGACUUUGUACCAGGAGGAGUUUGACGUCACAGGCUGCUCUCUACUCCUCUCCCUCAACAGUUUCAUCCAUCACUCCGUCUCUCCCUUCCCCGACUCACAGUCACAGCUUCUUCGCAAGCCAACAAACCUCAGUCCCCUUACACUCAUCUGUUCACGCCUCCUCGAAGCGCUGCCUCUCUCAUUCUGCUCACUCUUUAGGCCGGAUGGAGCUAACAGAAGUCCUGCAGGUGAUGGAGCAGCUUGCUCCUCUGUCUCUGGCUGAGUCGUGGGACAAUGUUGGCCUGCUCGUCGAGCCUAGCAAAUCUCGCCCUAUUAAAACCGUCCUGCUAACCAACGACCUUACAGAUGCUGUCAUGCAGGAAGCAGAGGCCAUGAGCUGUGACCUCAUUGUCUCAUAUCACCCUCCGUUGUUUCGGCCGAUCAAGCGUCUGGUUCAGAAAGAUUGGAAGCAGCGAUUGGCCAUCCGGGCUGUGGAGGCCGGGAUAGCAAUCUUCUCCCCUCAUACCUCGUGGGACAGUGUUAAAGGAGGAGUUAAUGACUGGCUGGUUGGGGGACUUGGUAGCGGUCAGGUGUCUGUGCUGAGUCAGGCCCUCGGUGGCGCCUCUCACAGUCACAAACUGGAAUUCACGGUCAAGAGCACAGAGGAACUGAACGCUGUAAUGGAGGAACUGAAGGCUUGUGACAGUGGCACAAUACUACAACAUUCAGUCAACAGACCGGACAUCAGUGGGAUCCAUGUCAGUGUGACCUGCAGUGACUCAGCGCUGACCCCCAGUGUCCAGACUCUGUUACGACACAAUGCUCCCAGCAUGUCCCUCAACAUCCUAAAGUUAGAAAAGCCCCCUCUCCCAGGACACGGCCAAGGACGACACAGUGUUUUGGAACAGCCAGUCACCGUGGCGACAGCCAUCCAGAAAAUGAAGUCCCACUUGGGUUUGAGGCACCUGCGUUUGGCUCUGGGAUUGGGACAGACGCUAGAGUCCUCUGUGUGCACUGUGGCUGUGUGUGCUGGAUCUGGGGCCUCAGUACUGAAUGGAGUUAAGGCAGACCUCUACAUCACAGGUGAGAUGUCCCACCAUGAAGUGCUGGACGCCGCGGCGAAGGGAACCAACGUCAUCCUCAGUGACCAUAGCAACAGUGAGCGCGGUUUUCUGGCUGUGUUCAGAGAGAAGCUUGCUGUGCGUCUUCCUGACAGCGUAACAGUGGUGGUGUCGAAGGCUGACAGAGACCCUCUGGAGGUGGUCUGACCGGCUGCGAGCAACAGUUGCAGUAGUUAGUCAUUAAUUUCUACUGCUUUGAUUGGCUAAAAUUGAGGACAUUACAAAAUCACUGUCUGCUUUAACUAAUGAUGCGAUUCAUAUGGAUGUGUGUGACAUGGUUGCAUUAAAAAAAGCCAUUUUCCAUUUAAUGAAAGUACAUUUCAGAGCUGACUGUAAAACAGUAGCAGAGCGUUUCACCAUAUCUGUGCAACAUGUAAUGAUGAAAAGUGCCUCCUUGGUUCAUGUCGUGCUGUUUAUCGUGUAUUUCUGGCAGGGUCUUAAUAAAAAUGGGUUCUGGUUGAUCAAAAAA